AUGGCAUUUUAUACUAACUUCCCCUCAUGAGAACAAAACCAUUAAAAAAUCAAUAUUUUUUGCUCACCCUUCUCGAUCGAACAAAACAUUUUUAUGGAAAAAAAUUUGAUAUAUAAGUGAUAAUUUUUAUAAUGAAAUCUCUAGCUAAUUUUGUUUAAUUUUAAACAAAUUGCAUUUUAAAAAUAAAUUUUGCAAAUUCAAUAAAUGUUUUGCAUUCCAAUUUUUGUAAAUUUGGAUUUUUAUAAAUUUCGACCAAAAAAUAUUUACAUAAAAUUUAUAUAUAAUUUUUUUAAAAAAACAAUUAACCUCUCCGUAAACGAACAAAAUAUUUUUGUUCGCUCAUAGAAAUGGGAGUAAGGAGGAAAGAAUCCCUACAUACUUGGGAACUCCUAAUCUCAUUGGGCCAGGAGCCUAUAUUUAUCCUAAUAAGUCAGAAGUCCAAGAGUCUUAUGCACCCUUUUUAAGUACCACUCUCAGAGAUACAAUGAAAGUGCAAAUCUCAAGUCCAGGCCCUGGGAGUUAUUUCAAUCCAGAAUGAAGCUCAUACUAUCUUCAAGGGAAAAAGCAGCCCAAUAAAGCCUCACAUAUGUUUGCAAGCCAUAUCAAAAGGAUUCCACACAAAGAGCCAGAAGAUGGUCCUGGCCCAGGAACUUAUGAGCUUUCACCAAAAAGAAGAAAAAAACCGAAUAUCAAUGCGAGAACGCACAAACUGCCAAAAUUGACCAAAAACUUUUCUUUUCCGUCAAUUCCUAUAAGAUCUAAUGGCGAAGGUUAUGAUGAGUUACCAAAUGGAGAACUGGUCCCACACAAAAAUUCUGAUAAGAAUCUUGAUGAAUCAUCAAUUGGUCCAGGACACUAUGCUUUAUGUUUAAUUAGAUUUAUUAAAAUGCUCAUUGCAAUACCCAAAGGUCUGUCUCCUUAGUAACGCUUCCCAGCAUCAUAGAGGUUGCUCCUGCCGGAUGAGAGCCUAUGGUUGUAAAGAGUUGUCACCGUAUCGCAUGCCAAAAUAGGUAGUCUGCUAUCGAAAAUUCAAAAGGUUGAAUUUCUGUCCAACCCUCAGCUCAAAUGGAAACUCGAAGAGACCAGGCUGAAACUUCUGGCAUCGCGCUGGGAAAUAAUCCUGCUAUUCAAGAUAUUCAACUGUCAGAGUUAAGAGGUUUAGACGAUUGGCCACGCCAUUUUAGUGUAUAUCCAGGACAUUACAACCCUAUAUUUUCUAACGAAAACUCAGCAAACCUCGGAACAGAAUGAUAUAAAUACAACUCAAAGCGAAAUAUGUUUGUCAAUCACAAUUCAACUCCAGGGCCUGGAAGCUAUCUCUAUAAAAGCAAGCUAUUUGAAGAUGCUAAUAAGCAUAAAAGCGCUUUUAUAAGCAAAGUAAGAAGAGGCUGCUAUAUUCCUGAGAGGUCAAAAAGCCAAGAAUUAUCUGAAGAUGACGCUGAAGAAGAGCUAGAAAGCAUUCCAGGCCCAGGCUAUUACUUCAAUCAAGACUCAUAUACAAGCUUUCCGAAGAAAACACUUCCAAGAAUGUUUCAAUAUUUUGGCAGCAGAUGUGUGAGAUUUAAAAGCCAAAAUAUUAAAAAAGAAGAAAGCAAAAGAUACUAUGAUAAGAAGGUUAUUACAAAGCCAGCAAAGAAAAAUGCACCAUUUGAUACGAAUUCUAGAAGAUUUAAUUAUGAGAUCGAAAUCAGCCCUGGACCUGGAAGCUACAAUGAUGAAGUAAAUCUCGGGUAUACGAAAAUUGAGAAUAAACAGGGAGCAUUUGGAAGCACAGAAAAAAGAUUUAUUGAGUCUAAUAAUCUUGAUCUGCCUGGGCCUGGAGCAUAUUCUGUUGAAUUAGCUCAAAAAUCAAAGCAAAGUAAAUCAUCGUUGUCAAAGCUUUCACCAUCUUUUGCGAGCAGGGUAAAAAGAGAAUCUUUUGGACCUGAUUUUGAAACUCCACCGCCUGGACAAUAUAUUUCAAGAGCAGAUAUGGCUGGCCUUGUCUCCUUCACUCAGAUAAUUUUAUUUUAAAAUAAAGAGGAAAAAGAAAAUGGCAAAUUUAUCAUUAUAGAUUUGAAAUUUCAAGUAGAUUUUGGCAGUUUCAUCCAAAUUGAUAACUGUGAGGUCGGGUCAAAAAGCUAUAGCCGUGCUCUCGAUAUAUAAAAUAAAUGAUUUAUGGAGCAAAAAAAGCAACCAAGCCUCAAGUCCAAAGCUAGUAAAGUCUUAUGGGAAUAAAAGUGUUCCAAUUGGCUUUAAUUCAAAGAUAGAAAGGUUUAAAGAAGCAAAGGAUACGACAAUUGGGCCAGGAUUUUAUGACCCUGAUUGCAUGCUUCUAUAUAAUGGAUCAAGAGUUGUGAUUUCAAAAGGAAACCGAUUUGAUUAUAAAGUCCAUGAAGAACUUCCUGGGCCCGGCCAUUAUGAUGAUGCAACUGCAGAUAAAGCUUGGAAUAGGCAAUCAUUUAAUGUAAAUUACAUCAAUUAA